AACGGCAUAUUCCUAUCAUAUAAUUAUUAUCUAGAAAGCAAAACCACAGAUCACACUGGUCACUGUAUUUCGGUGGCCAUUGUUUAGGUGAAAGCUUGUAUUACAGUGUUACGCAUUUUAUACGUAGUGGGGCACACUUUAUUUAUUUCUAAACUUUUUUAAUUAUACAUAGUCGAAUCUGUUUCUGUUAUUGAUCCUAUUGCUUUCGGGUGACAAAUCUACGUUCGUGCAGAAGCAAGCACAUUAAAGUGCAUGGCCAAGUUGCAUGUCCAGAAACAUCUGUUGUUUGAAGCAUCAGAUUUCUACAAGUUGCUUAAACAGACAGAAUCAAUGAAUGCUUGCUUAGAUACAUAUAAGGACCGAUGAAGACCCAGAUUUUUCUUGUGUACCCUUGGCAAUCCUGGAGUACAGAUAAUGCACUGGACAUCAGGGUCUUACACAUUACUUUGACAUUUCAAUAUACAUAAUUCAGUUUAUUUAAAUUGCUGUAACUGCAGAUUGCUUAGAGUGUUAAUCACAGUUUUUCUGCAAAUGUUAAGAUUCCUGCAUUUUGCACUUGCGUUUUCUAGUUUAGGGGCAUGAUUAUAGGCUUCAGUUUAACCAACAAAAAUAUAAGAUUGUUAUUCCAAUCUAUGGCAGACAUCCUACCUAAGUUCUCUAUUCUUUGCACUCAGACGCAUUACAUAUUUGGCACUUUAGGAAGGAAGGUAAGCUUAAGGGUAUACAGGAAUUGACUGAAUGACAGGUGUCUGAAUUGCAAAGGUGGAUGUAGAAACUGAUUUGGUGGGAGCAAGCAGUCAAAAGAUUUUGUCUGAAGUUUAUUCUUCAAUUGAAAGUGAUGGGGCUACCUGCUGGAAAACCAGGCACAGCAGACGAGAAUCCUGUCUCUAUUCAUGAGAAUGAAAAUAUCCAGUUAUCUGUUAGUUCAGAUCAAGGUGAGGAUGACCAGGAUUUUUUAGAGGUCUGUAGAGUCUGCCACUGUACAGAACCUGAUAAUAAGGGAGAAGCUGCUCUCCAGUUUUUGGGCAUCUCCCCCCCUUUAAUCAAAAGGUCACACAGUUUCAGUGUGAAGUCUUUGUCUGUCAAAGGUGAUAAACAGUGUGUGCCAAGCCAUUCAUGUUCUGAAAAAGAGAAAGAAGAAACACUUGAGUAUGUCAAAUAUGUGAGUCCUGAUGGAGAGGUCCUUCUUUGUGACAAAGACUUAGAAGAAGGUCUAGGCUUCAAUCAUAAUGAUUAUCUCAUUGAGUUGGGUUGCCAUUGCAAGAAUGAGCUUGCACUAGGUCAUUAUGCUUGUUUGUUACGGUGGUUUGUUAGUCAUGGAUCAAUUCAUUGUGAAAUAUGCGGGAGUGAAGCAGUGAAUGUUAGACUUGCAGAUGUGAACAAAGUCAAAGCAUCUGUAGAGGAGUAUGAAUCAUUAAGGGCAAGAACAGCUGCUGGAGAGGUCACUUCUGCAUGUAUUCAAUUGAAUCCUAGUGUGGAUCCAGAUGCAGCGGCUGCAGUAAGGCGACAACGACUUACUGAGAUUGCAUCAUGGUUUAAUCCACGCCUGCAUACAGCAACUGUUUCACAAUCUACGACUGAUGAAGUCUAUAACGCUCCCAUUGGCGAUCUUCGCCCUAACAUGCAUCCACGUGCAAAAUGGGUUGUUGAAGGAACUGGCAUUCUUAUCGCUACUGGAUUAUUGACUGUUACACUUGCUUGGUUGAUUGCCCCUCGGGUUGGAAAGAAAACAGCAAAGAGUGGUCUGCAUAUUCUACUUGGCGGCCUUUGUGCACUUACAGUUGUGGUUUUCUUGCGCUUUGCUGUGCUACCAAGGAUCAGGUAUGGACGAGCACGCUACUGGGCAAUUGUAUUUGUUUUUAUGUUCCUUGUUUUUGGUAUUUGGGCUUCAAGGACAAGAGCUACCCGUUCAGGUUGAAUGUACAUUUGCCAAUGAAUGUCCUGUAUAUAAAAUGUCAACUUAUAUCAAAUCAUGUAAUAUCCAGCUUAGAUUUCUCAACGAUUGAGGGCAUGAUGAAAGACUAUGGUUAAUGCAUUUCUAUGAUAAAAUUAGUGAGUAGUUAUCUAAUAUUCACACUAAGAAGCUCUGCAUGGACUGCUUACCCAUGAUACAUAUUAUACUAAAGAGUUACUGAGUGGUUGAUUACUAUUUACAGUAUAGAGCUGACGUACUGAUUCCAAAUCUUAUGCUUGAAAGAACAAGCUUUACUGUCAUCUUGGUGCAUUUAUAUGACUGGGGCUGUCAAUGUCGAUAAAUUAUUGAUUUACAUGCCUA